UAUGUUUUAGUCUUGAGAAUCAAUAUUCAGUUUACACAGGACUAAAGAGAAUUUCAGUAUUUACCGUUGUUUGACUUGAAUUAUUUUAAAAGUAAUGUGUUAAAUUCAAUUUGAAUAAGAAUACUUUAAGAAAUUGUAAUGUAUCUUAGAAAUGUUUGUCGCUGAUGUUGGCCCUUUUUUACACCACUGAGGUAUUAGAGAGGUAUUAUUUGGAGGUCAAGAAAAAAUAUGAUGAUGCUCACGAUGACUGUGUAAAAAAAUGCAGUUCUCCAUCUGAGGCAGCAGAGAGCAACAAGAUUUUUACAAAUCGCGCAGUGGAGAAAGAUGGGUAAUGACGUCAUAAUAAUGGGACUGCACGGCGGAGAAGUGACUUUGAGACACUUGACUGAACGAAAUAGAUGGAUUAGUAUUUGCUAUAUUACUUAUCUCUAUUUUGUGGCAAUUUAAAUAUACAAACGUAUCCUCUGGGACUUCACGAUGAUUUCAAUUAUGUCAUUUGCCAGACUACUUCGGAAGAGUGAAGUAAGUUACAAGACUCUGUUAAUAACUGGGCAAAUACAACGAACUAUGGCAUCCCAGACAGAUGGAGAGCAACGAAUCAUACAGAUACUGAAAGAACAAUUCCCUGAAGCCAAGUCUCUUAAAGUAGUCGAUAUUUCAGGUGGCUGUGGGGCCAUGUAUGAAGUACACGUUGAAUCACAUGAAUUUAAAGGGAAAAGAACAGUGCAGCAACAUCAGCUAAUCAACGAGGCACUCAAAGAUGAAAUUAAAGCAAUGCACGGACUCAGAAUAUUUACUGCUGUCCCUAGUCAAUAAGACAAAGAAAUGCAGGUGGCUGGGACAUAAUUUCCUUCUAGACCAUGGAGUGGACAUUGGAUGGCUGAACACAAAGAAGAGGAAAAGGAAAACAUAGCCAUCAUUAACACAUUUAAUCUGAGGAACUUUUUGUUUAAAGAAAAACUUCUGAAAGGUUUUGGCUGUUACUGUUUUUCUGUGAUUCUGCUAGUUCAAAAGAACUGUCAUCUUGAAAGAGUGGUUUAUGGCAGGGACUGAAAUCAUAUAUAUAUAAAGGGUUGUGCUUUAAAAUGUAAUAAAUACACCUUUUAGAUUCUCAAACCUCAAUUCUUGCAGAUUAUGAUUAUUUAAUGGUUGUCUUUUUAUGCUGCAUCUUUAUGGUGUGUGACAGUUGUGCUUUAAUUUCAAAAGCUACAUUCAGUUGUCAGUGCAACAGGGAUUUCAUUGACUUUUGUCUUAACAUAUGACCAUUUAUAAUAAAUUCAAUAAAACUGUCAUUUUGUGUUUUAAUCGGUAAUUGAGCAGACUUUUGUAGGUCUUUGUAGAAUGAUUUGGAUAUUGUUUUGCUGUAGGAACUUAUAAGUUUAAGAAAUUAAUCAUAAUUGUAUGUUGACCUAAAAGCAUUAGGUUGGAAUGUUUUGAAUAACAUCAGUGUGCAACAUCAGUGUGCAAAAUGUUCACAGUUGUAAUCUUGUUGUACACAGUUGUAAACAGUAAAGGUUUCAAACUUUAAAAAUGAAAA